AAGGAUUCGAUAGAUUUAUAAUCGAAAUUUAUUAACAAUCUCUAACAACAAACAAUAAAAACACUUCCAUCUCGCGUAAUGGCGACCAAACGCGGCCGCUUUUCAAGUGUGUUAUGUACGAUGUGAUUUGCGCACGCGUUCAAAACUUAUCGAUGAGGAAAACCAGACUCCAAAGAGAGGGAGAGAGAAAGAGAGAGAGAGAGAGAGAAAGAGAGAGGGAACAACGAAUGGGUCGGGUUAUAGUAAUCGAGAGUGGGAUAAGGAGAAGAAGAGAACGGGGUUUGGAAAAGGAAUGGAAUGAAGGAAGGAAGACAGAAAGAAAAAAAAUGUAAGGAAGGAAGGAAGGCAACACAGGACGAGAAAUGUUUCUCAGUCGGUGGUAGACUUCGCGUACGUUUAGUGUGAUAACUCUUAAAAGUAUAUCAUAAUAAUUGAUUUUAUGAUCAACUUUAACGUGCAACACAAAAAUACGUCAAGGUAAACUCGUUAAUUAAGGUAGUCAUUUUAUUCAUUUAAUAAUUGAGAUGAUUGAAGGAGAGUAUGAUUUCAAAAUGCUUGAAGAAAAGAGAAUCGACAUUGAAAAACCUUAUUGGGAUCAGAGCACUUAUCGUGGUAGAGCACUGCACUUUCUUUCAGUUACAAAUCCAUUAAAUAUUUUUGCAUCGAACAAAUCCCUCGAACGUGCUAAAGACAUCGUUACGAGAUACAGGAAAGGUGAUUCUCUAACGGAAUUAGGUAUAACCGAGGAAGAAUUAUGGGAACAAAAAUAUUUAUUCGACAGUGCUUAUCAUCCAGAUACUGGAGAAAAGAUGCUUUUGAUUGGUCGCAUGAGUGCUCAAGUGCCGAUGAACAUGACCAUAACCGGUUUGAUGAUGACGUUUUACAAAUCAACACCGGCAGUAAUAUUUUGGCAAUGGUGUAAUCAAUCGUUCAACGCUAUAGUAAAUUAUACGAAUCGCAGUGGUAAAAGUCCAAUACCAAAAGAAACAUUAAUUCAAAGUUACAUCGGUGCUACUGGAGGAGCAGUGAUAACAGCCCUAACAUUAAAUAAUCUGGCACGAAGUGGACCGGCCUUGGCCGGACGUCUUGUACCAUUAGCAGCUGUGGCUGCCGCCAAUUGCGUUAACAUUCCAUUAAUGAGGAUUACUGAACUUAAAAAUGGUAUUGAGUUACAAAACGAAUCCGGCAAAGAGGUCGGCAAGAGCAAAUCAGCGGCUCAAAGGGCCAUCGCUACAGUCACGUUAUCGCGUAUUCUAAUGGCUUCUCCUAGCAUGGUACUCUCACCGAUCCUAAUGAAUUACAUAGAAAAACGUAAUCUAUUGAAAAAUGCUAAAUGGGCUUCAGCACCGAUUCAAGUUAUUAUAUGUGGAAUUUGUUUAACAUUUGCUACGCCACUAUGCUGUGCUCUUUUUGUUCAACGAGUACCGAUAAGCGUCGACAAAUUGGAACCUGAUGUGCAAAAACAAAUAAGAUCUAAAGAUCCUGAUAUUAAAACGGUUUAUUAUAACAAAGGCUUAUAAACGAGAAUGUCUGGAAUUAGAAAUUCAUCGAAUUGUGUUCCUAAUAAUGAAAAAAAAAA